AUGACCCCCGCCUCUGCGAAUGCGUCGCCGGAGGCUGUAUCGAGGACGAACUCUGUCGACCGCUUUUCAACCGCGUCUCCGACUAGGAUGGACAGUUUCCGAGACCAGCAGUCGCACACUACGCCCCCCAUGUUGAAGCGACACACUAUGCCGGCACCUAUCAUUGCCUCUCCUUUGUCGCCCAACACCACAGGUAUCACCGUCGAGGGUCCGGAUUCACCCACACAGUCGUUCUCUACACCCACCCCUCAACGCAUCCGCCUACCCGUGUCUACGCCCCUCGGAUCUUCCUCCGUGUCAGCGCUCAAGCAGUUAAGUGACUAUGUCGUUCCUUCGUCGGCGGGACAUCCAGCCCAGACCACAACUCCUUCGAGAGUGCGCCGCGCUAACACACUCGAGAGCAUCAACCCCUCGUCCACUGGCUCGUCUACUUCGUCCGACCGUUCUGUUCCAUCGUCCGGUCCAGGACGUAUACCGCGCGUCUGGCCUCCAGAACCAUCAUCAUCCAGUGCUGCUACGACAAGCCGGCGACCGACCUCGAUGUAUGGCAGCACCUAUCCGGCUCCACCCUCUCCCGACAAGAUCAGCGAGCGUUUCGGUGGUCGAGCAAGCUCGAGCGCGACGUUUUCUCGUGAUUCGUCCGCCUCGCUAGACAAGCCAUCAAGUAGCUCAAACCAACCUUCAUCCGCGUCCUCGGCUUCCUCCGUGAUGUCUCCCUCGCCAUAUCGAAGCUCAUACAUGGCGAACAAGCGGUCAUCUCUGUACGGGGAUAACCUAACACCAGGUCGUCGUUUAGGACGACAUCUCCCGAGAAUAGCCAGCGGGGACGCACCUGAAGAUUGGCCUCCACCGAUUCAGCCUCCACCAACGCAGCCGCAGACCGAUCACCAGGACUGGAGGAGUCGACGAGAGGAGCGCCUUCGGCGCGAACGGGACUGGACUUUGCCGUCACCAGAGAAGUACAGUGAGGCAGAGCUCAUCGUCCCCGGGGUUACGGAUGCAGGCGACGUCGCUGGUAUCCCUGGGCGAUUGAGGUUGUCGAAGGACACAGCGCGCGGCGCGCCGACAUCACCUCUACCCUCUUCAAGGCUUACGAGGGGGCUUUGGGCAGAUGUGCAGCGGCACCUUUUGCAGGCGUACGAGUACUUGUGUCAUGUUGGCGAGGCGCAGCAGUGGAUCGAAGGCUGUCUCGGCGAGGAGCUAGGGUUCGGAGUCGUUGAGAUGGAGGAGGGAUUGCGGAACGGCGUUGUCCUUGCGCGAUUGGUGCGUGUCUUCCAGGGUGAAUCUGCUGUGCGCAGGAUAUAUGAUGCGCCGAAGUUGGAUUUCAGACAUUCUGACAAUAUCAACCACUUCUUCCGUUUCGUCCGCGAUGUCGGACUGCCUGAGGGCUUCAUUUUCGAGCUGACUGAUCUCUAUGAGAAGAAGAAUUUCCCGAAGGUCAUCUAUUGCAUACAUGCACUUAGUCAUCUACUCGCCAGACGCGGUCUAGCACAACGCAUUGGUAAUCUCGUCGGUCACCUACAGUUCACGGAUGACCAGCUGCAGAAGACGCAUAAGGGUCUGAAGGAUUCUGGUAUCGCCAUGCCUAACUUCGGCAAUGUGGGUAGGGAGCUUGCGAAGGAAAUCAACGAGGAACCAGAAGAGGAAGCGGAGACUGAAGACGAACGUCGAGACCGGCUCCUCUUAGAGUGCGAAGAUUCCAUCGUGUCUUUGCAGGCUGUUGCUCGGGCCUUCCUUGUCCGGAAAGCGCAAGCCACUCAGCGUGUCCGUAUGCGACUGGCAGAACGAUAUGUACCCAAGCUACAGGCCCAUUGCAAAGCUGUUCUUAUUCGGAGACGUCUCGAAGGGGACAGGGCAGAACGAGUCAGUCUCGAGCCUUGGAUCAAGGCUGUUCAAGCACAGUCCAGAGGCGUUAUGGUUCGAAGAGACUGGCGGGUCCACCUACGAGCAGUGCACGCAUCUGUGACAUAUCUUGUCAAGGUGCAGGCACAGGCGCGUGGUGUCCUCGUACGGCGUAGGUUCCUCAAGUUGAGAUCGGCUCUCACGAGCUCCCAAUUCUCCAUCGUGAAGUUGCAGACCGUGGCGCGUGCGCGGAUUGUGCAGAAGUCACACAAAGAGCUCGCGAAGACGUUCGCAACGCCGUUUGUCAUGGAGAACAUUGUCGGUUUGCAAGCGCAGGCGCGUGGUGUCAUACUGAGGCGGAUGCUCGCACGCCAGGAUACACGUCUGGAACGUGCCACACCCCAUAUCGUUCAGUUGCAGGCUCAGACCAGAGGACUCCUUGUUCGCCGACGAUUUCGCACACAGAUGGCUAAGCUGGUGGAUGUCAGCGAUGUGGUCGUACGCAUCCAAGCGGCCGUACGCACUUAUCUUGCCCGCAAGCGGCUGUUGGCCCUCAUCCGAGGUCUACGCAAGGCCACGCCGGCCUUGAUAGGACUCCAAGCCCGGGCUCGAGCCAGACUCGCCCAGCAGAAGCACGAGUCCAUGCAGAAGGCUUUGACGAAGGUCGAAGUCAUCAAGUCGAUCGGUGGCCUGCAAGCAUUCGCUCGGGCUAACCUCGCGCGGAACCGCCAUCAAGAGCAGCAGAAGCAACUUCGGUUCAUCCAGCCAGAUGUCGUCGGGUUCCAAGCUGCCGCGCGAGGUGCAAUGGUUCGGCAGGAAUGGCAUGCAUGGAGAGACUACCUUCGAAAUAGUCAUCCUCAGGCAACCAUUAUGCAGGCACUGCUCCGUGGCGUGUUGCAGCGGCGAAAGUUCCAUGCCAAGAUGCAGUAUUUCCGAUCCAAUCUUGACAAGAUCGUACAGAUCCAGUCGCUCUUUCGUGCGAAGGAGACCCGUGAGCAGUAUCGCCAGCUCACGUUGGGAACAAACGUCACUGUUGGCACGAUCAAGAACUUCGUACACCUGCUGGACGACUCGGAAGCAGACUUCCAAGAGGAGAUCAAGGUCGAGAGGCUCAGGCACGCUGUCGUCAAGCGCAUUCGGGAGAACCAAGCACUAGAGCACGACGUCAGUGAACUAGACGUCAAGAUUGCGCUCGUAGUGCAGAACGUCAAGAGCUUCGAGGAACUGACCAAAGUUCGACGACGAUACGGCGCUGACAGUGCAGCUGUGCAUGCAGCGAGAGCGUCUGUCCUUGCGGCUCAUGGCGACCCGUUUGCAGGACCGAGCACACUGGAUCGCUCAGCCAAGCGCAAGCUGGAACUUUAUCAGCAACUCUUCUAUCUUCUGCAAGCCAAGGGCGAGUACCUGACCAGGUUGUUCUCCAAAAUGUCUGCGAGCAAAGACUCGGAGAAGCAUCGUAAAUUGAUGGAACGCGUCGUGCUCACUCUGUUCGGCUAUGGCCACGACCGCCGUGAGGAAUACCUCCUUCUGAAGCUACUGCAGGAGGAGGUGGAGAACGCGACCAGCAUCGAAGAUGUCAUCAACGGACAUCCGAUGUUCCUCAACAUCGCUGUUCUGUAUAUUCGACCGAAGCAGAGUGCAUUCAUUCGAGAGACUCUCCAAGGUGUCAUUCGUGAAGUCAUCGACGCGGAGGAUCUUGAUUUGGAGGUAGACCCGACUAAGAUUUACCGUGCUAAAGCAGACUUGGAGGAGUUGAGAUCCGGUGCGGCUGCGACAGAGCGGAAAGACGUACCAUUCGCGAAGGCUGUAGAAGAUCCAGACACCAGGGCAGAGUAUAUCAGACAUCUCCAGACCCUGCAAUGGCGGACCGAACAGUUUGUCACAGCGAUCACACAAUCUCUCCAGCGGAUGCCAUAUGGAAUGCGUUUCAUGGCCCGAGAAACUCUCAGCGCCGUAAAGAGUAAAUUCCCGGACGUACCGGCCGAAUUCCAUGCAGCUUGCAUUGCUAGACUCGUCUACUACCGAUAUCUCAAUCCUGCCAUCAUAACACCUGAGACGUUUGAUAUAGUAUCUAGCACCGUCGACAUCGAGUCUCGGAAGAACCUGGCACAAAUCUCCAGAAUGCUCACGCAGAUCACCAGUGGAGUCGAGUUCAACCAGGACACGCCCAGCCACAUCCCCGUCAACGACUACGUUCGGAAGGCUAUCAGGCAAUUCACUACAUGGCUUCUCAACGUGGCGGAUGUACAGGACGCCGAGACUGAACUACAUGCCCACGAAUUCCUGGAUGCUACUGUUCAACCGAAGCCCAUUUACAUCUCUCCUAACGAAGUCUACGCUAUGCAUAGUCUGAUCUCCGAGAACCUUGACGACCUGGCGCCGGCUCGCGAUGACACGCUCCGAGUGAUGUUGAUGGAGUUGGAUGGAGUACCCCACAUCGGCAGCGAUGAGCUGAACGAGGCUCGCGAUACCGCUGUCGAGCUACAAUUGACGAACAGAUUUGCACAUGUCAGAGAUCCCCGUGCGGAUGAGAAGGCUCUGUGGGUACAGGCGAAACGCGCAGUCCUAGCCAUCCUCAGAGUACAGCCCGCAAAAGAUCUCGUUGAGUCGUUGAUGCAACAAGUCACUGAUGAGCAUGAGCUCGUAUGGGAGGAGAUCAUCGAGGAAAUGGAAAGGGAGCAAUUGCGUCACCAGAGGCGCAUGCCUUCUACCACUGGCGCAGAGUCUGCUUAUCGUCUCGAAGAUAUCCGGUCCAUGACUUUUCGCGAGGUUAAGGCACACGCAAUCUACUUCCUUCUUGAACUAGAAAAGCUCGGCAAGAUAUCUCGCAUGGACGGUUACCAGGGGAUUCUGAAUGCUAUCGCUGGCGAUGUUCGCAGCAAAAACCGCAGACGUGUGCAGCGUCAGCACGAGAAGGAGGGCAUGGAGGAGGCGUUGAGAUACCUGGCCGAGCGGAAGAAGUACUUCGAGGAACAGAUUAAUAGCUAUCACAGCUACGUGGAGGCGGCGAUGAACACCAUGCAGCGUGGCAAAGGGAAGAGGCGUUUCGUCAUACCUUUCACUCAGCAAUAUUUCCAUAUGCGAGAGCUGCAGAAAGAGGGAAAGGAGCCUCAGUUCGGCUCCUUCAAGUAUGGCGCGGCAUAUUUCUACAAGAAAGGGAUCCUGCUUUCGAUUGAUCAGUACUCCCCACGCCAAUUCGACAAGAUGGACAUCGUCAUUCAGUCCAAUCAAGUGGGCGUGUUACCAUAG